GUUUACACCAAGUUAUCCAGCUGCCAAACAUUAUCAGCCAAUCUUGUUUACGAACAAACUUUUCAAUUGUAACCAACAACUUUGGCCGAUCUUUGCAACUCAGUUGUAUGCAAAGAUCCCCGACUUUUCACACUUGAGUAGGGCCAGUUAAAAUGAGCAGGCUUACUUUGAAGACAUGGUUGGUUUUGUUGAGCCUUUGUUCCAUUUCCCAAGGAGCUUUGGUUCAAACCAGGUUUCAGAAGCUAACCAAUGGUAACCGAACAAGUGAGACCGUAAUUAGAACCGAACAUCUUAAAUCCCAAUUUCUAUGCACUCAAUCUUGUCUCGCUGAUGAAGAAUGUCGAGGAUAUCAUUGGGGCCAGCAAAAAGAUUCACUGGAGCAACAUAAGUGUGAAUUGCUUAAGCAUGUCCAUCUGCCAAAAAUUCAAUCUGGCGUGGCGGGUGUCAACUUAUAUGUGGAUGCUGAUGUGCCAUGUUAUAACACCAGUCAAUGCUUGGGUCCUUUUUUCCCCAUUUGCCAAGAAAACGAAUGCAAAUUGCUCUGUGAUCCCCAUCAAGAAUCCACCGAAGAUGGCAACUGCACCUUGGCGGCCACUUUUUCAAACAUAAAGAACUCCUUGACCAGCAUCCCAUGGUACAAUGUGGCAGGCGAGGAACCAUUGGAUUACAUCCAAAUCAACGAUGAAUGUUCACCGAGUGACGAGUGCGGUAUCUUGAUUAGCUUGGAUCAACCACCGUCGAGAAUGUUCGAUUUCUGGCCACUCAAGUACAACUUCUGGCCUAACAGCAUGCUUUAUGUGCGAUACAAUGGAGAAGGGAAAUAUUCUGCUUCCACUUUCAUCUCCAAUUAUGGCGAACAAACCAAAGAGGAGUAUAAGCACAAGGAUGUCAAGGGUUUCAAACCUCCUCCUCAUCAACUUCGAAUCACCGUUGGGGCAUGGAAUGGAAAUAAAAGAAAGGUUUCGGUGGACUUGAAACUUUCUUCCGACAAGUCUUCCACCAUUGCAGCGACCGAACUGGAGAGCUCAUUGACCGACUCGGCCAAGUUGGAUUAUUAUUUAGCCUUUGUGCACAAUACCAAUUGGAUCCGGACUUUAACGGGUCCAUUGCAUCUUAAAGGGGUGGUUAGAUAUAUCAACCCGGUUGGUACUUGUCCAUCAGAUGAGAAUUACGUAACGGUGGUGUAUAGACCCAACUAUGGGGAUCGAACCUGCGUUCAAAAACGUUCCACAUGGUUCAUGGGUUCUGCUGGAUCACCUCGAGCCAAUUUCUGGGAUCAAAGGAAAAAACAGUAUUAUGAUUUUGAAGUCCAGACCAAGACCACUGCUAGUAGACUGCAGGUGGUUCUAGGAAUGGGAGCCGAGACUUUCAACUCAAUUCCUUCCUCUCCUAAGGCUAUUCUGACUUUGCAACAAACCGGUUCAUCGACCCUAAUGACCUUCGAAUUUUUUCGGGUUUGUCCCCUUAAAAAAAGUGAAGGGUGCGAAAGUGGUACGGAUACUAUUGUGGAACAAGAAUCUCUGGCUUCAAUCAAUGUUUUUGAUCAGAAAAAACAUUCUUUUAAUAUUUCGUACACGUAUUCCCCCAAAGAGGAAACUACCCUUUGCACCGAGGGUUCAGACCUGGAACUAAGAACAUUUCAUGUUGAUUGGUCAAUUGUUAUUGAUGGAAGUGAUGUAUUUCCACAAGCCCCUAAAGGGACGCAUACUGUCAAAGAAGAAUGUCUGCUGAUUACAAGUAAAACCUCGGAGUAUUGGGUUAAGCAAACCGUGGCCGUAGCCGCCUUGUAUGUGAUCUCGUUUGAGGGAGAUGCGGCCAACUUCACUAUUGGAUGGUAUGGGGUUCCAUAUUUAUUUCAAGGUUGAAAAUAGGUCGGGUUGGUGCUUCGACAUCUAAAAGACUAGGUCUCGAAACCUCUGAAUUUAUGUUUGGUCAAUAAAUAUUGUUGUUUGCAA